GUUCCCCACUCAAGCACGCACGAGCGACCGGCGUGCGAGUGUAGAGAGGCCGUGCAGCCAGCCGACUGUUGUGUCGUAGUCGUAGUCGUCGUUUAGUGGUGGUGUCUCCCACUGUUCGUGUUCGUUUACUAGAAAAGCGUGGGCCGCACUCGGGAAGGCAAGGAGACAAAAAUGGCUACGCUUACGAAGACUAGUCUCCGUGAGGCAUUGCAACAGAAAGGAGUCCCGGUGCCGCCCGGCUCCCCGAAGGACACUCUGGUGCGACUCUACCGCGAGCACUUUCCCGGAUCGGACACCGCGCGCGAAAGUCUCCUGGACUUCUCGAGCGACGAAGAAGCGGACACGAAGGGUCAUGACACCAGCUUACCUGUCGAGGUCUCCCAAGGGGUACGUUCCCUGACCAACGACGAGCUUUACACCAAGCUCAAGGAGUUUGGCGAUCCAGUCGGCCCCAUUGUUGACACGACAAGAAGCCUGUACGAGAAGCGCCUUCAGAGGUACCUCAACAGAGGUGCCACUCCCGAGCCUGUUGCCAGUCACGUGGGCAACAACACAGCCGAGUUCUCGGCCACAGAGGAGGAAGCCGAGAAUGACGAGGACGACUACGAGGGCACUCCGCUGCAGGACGUCCCCCCGUCGCGACUUGGGCUCAGCGCCAGUGGCUCUCAUCAUGGAUACGGCGGAGUGUUUGGCACGUCAGAUUCUUUGGAGGGCCCCCUGACAAGCCGGACAAGCGCGUCCUUCACAGGGGCCAGCCCACCACUGCAGAUGUCACUACGCAACAGGGCUCAGGUUGCAGCUGCAAGGAAAGAAGAGGCAAGCAGCAGUGCUAACCACGUGAAGGCAAAGGCCGGGCAACAACAACAGCAACAGAGGAAGGGCUUGUCCCUGCUUCUCAAGGUGGCCCUCGCAGUUGCCUUCGUCGGCAUCAACGUGCUCAUCUAUGCCAACCUGGAGUACUUCAAGUCCGACGUACCCGUGCCUUCGGUACUGAACAAAUGAGGACCACACCCCUCCUCUCCAGCCACCACAAACGAGCGCCAGCUUUAGUCAUCUCGUUUUAACAUUCUUUUUUUUUUUCGACUAAUGCAUUUUAAUAUUAUCAUGUUUUGAUAUUUGUUUUUCUGGCAUGUCUAAUAAAAUGUUUAAGUAAAUGGUGCUUGCAAACAUU